UCAUGGCCCGGUCCGACUCUUCUCUCCGGCCCAGCCACCGAAGUGUCGGAUAAGCCGCGCGCGGCCGCGCCGUCGCCGCAGAAACAGAGCGCCGUCGCCGUCGCCAUGGCGUCCCCCUCCACCGCGUUCGUCCCCCGCGCCGGCCUUCCCCUCCUCCGCGCAGCACCCCUUCUCCGCGUCAUCGCCUCUUCCUCGGGCUCGGGGAGCAAGAAGAAGGGGAAGAAGCCCAAGAGCGGCAGCAAGAGAGCCGGCCAGGACAAGGAUAGCAAGGCGCUGGAGCCUCCGGCCCCCGUGGUCCGCCGCGCCCCGGCGGGCAGCGCGUCGAUCUUCCAGCAGCAGCAGGAGGUGGCGUCCAAGGCCGGGGGCGCCGGUGGGAAGGGGCCCACGGAGGAGGAGCUGCGGCAGCGGCAGGCCAACGAGAACGCCUUCCUCCUCGCCUGGCUGGGCCUCGGCAUCAUCAUCCUCGUCGAGGGCAUCGCGCUCGCCGCCUCUGGUUUUCUGCCAGAGGAGUAUGACAGCUUUUUUGUCAAAUACCUUUAUCCAUCAUUCACUCCAACAGUUGUUCUGUUUUUGGCGGGUACGGUUGGAUAUGGUGUCCUUAAAUACUUUGAAAGUGAGAAAAGCAAAAGCUAGAUAACAGCACAAAGCAUGUUUGGAGAAAAAUGUGAGGGGGGAGUUCCUAUUCCUAUAUAGCAAACACGCACGCUAUGUAUAUUACGGCAGGAGCUAUUCCUAUGGAGCAAAGAUGCAUGCUACGCAUGAAGUGUCACGGCAGGAGAUAGGUGCCUGAGAAGUAGACCGGUGUUGUAAUUUCUAUUUUUUUCCUUUUAUCCUGCAUCCGGAAUUCCUGAUUAUUCAUCAGUGGAUACUUCUUGAAUAAUCUGUAUGAAGUUCAGUUGUAUAUUGGUGUUUGAGAUUAAUCAGCUUGUAGAGGUUCCUUGUGAUUGUGGAGAGCAUUUCAAACAUAUGGAUUGGAUGACAAAUUGCUGUCAGAGUUUAACUUGAUUAAAUCGAUGCAUUUUCGUGAGUA